GCAUUCGAAUCAAAUUCUUACUUCGCCAACACAUUACCCUCCAAUUUUUAAACUUUAUCAUUUAUGCUUGCAGAGACCAAAAAGAAGGCUCCGAUCAUAGCCACCAACCAACCUCACGUUCAUGGCGACCAAGUUCUUGGCCCUAUGCAUACGCAACGAGAGCUGGGGUGACCUCUCACCCCGGCCCCACUACCCCUCCAUGCCAAAGUACCCCAAAGGUGUGGCGGCUGAAGAGACCAGCCUGGCAGCCGGAGCUGAGGAUAAGGCUUUGUUCUCUGUCACGGGCAUGACGUGCUCCGCCUGCGCCGGGUCAGUCGAGAAGGCCGUCAAGAGGCUCCCGGGGAUUCGCGAGGCUAUUGUCGACGUCUUGAACAACCGGGCGCAAGUUAUGUUCUUUCCCAAUUACGUUAACGCGGAGACUAUUCGCGAGACGAUUGAAGAUGUUGGAUUCCAAGCCACUUUGAUUAAUGAUGAGGAGGGAAAUGAGAAGUCCACAUUGAUAUGCAGAAUUCUGAUAAAGGGAAUGACUUGCACUUCUUGCUCGACCACUGUUGAAUCAGCUUUACAGGCAGUUGAUGGUGUACAAAAAGCCCAAGUUGCCUUAGCAACUGAAGAAGCAGAUGUUCACUAUGAUCCAAAGAUUGUGAGCUACAACCAGCUGUUGCAAACCAUUGAAGACACUGGAUUCGAAGGCAAACUCAUUACUGCAGGGGAACACAUGAGCCGGAUAGAGCUUGAAGUUGAUGGUGUAAGGACCGAUCGUUCAAUGAGGAUACUUGAACAGUCUCUUCAAGCACUCCCUGGUGUGCAAGCUGUAGACUUCGAUUCUGAAAUCAAGAAAAUCUCUCUUUAUUACAAAUCAGAUAUUACAGGGCCAAGAAGUUUCAUUAAUGUGAUUGAAACAACCGGGUCCAGGCGUUUCAAGGCAAGGAUUUUUCCAGGAGGUGAAGCAGGAAGAGAUAGUCAUAGAAAGGAGGAAAUUAAGCAGUAUUUUAGAGUCUUUCUGUGGAGUUUGGUUUUCACUAUUCCGGUGUUUUUAACCUCCAUGGUCUUCAUGUAUAUUCCUGGAAUUAAGCAUGGCCUAGAAACUAAAAUUGUGAAUAAUCUCAUGAUUGGGGAGCUCAUGAGAUGGAUUCUGGCCACCCCGGUGCAAUUCAUUAUAGGCCAGAGGUUCUAUACUGGGGCAUACAAAUCACUGCGCCAUGGUUCCGCCAAUAUGGAUGUGCUAAUCGCAUUAGGAACAAAUGCAGCCUAUUUUUAUUCGGUCUACUCGGUAGUGAGAGCUGCUACCUCUCCAGAUUUUAUGGGGACUGAUUUCUUCGAGACUAGUGCCAUGCUUAUUUCAUUCAUUCUCCUUGGAAAGUACCUAGAGGUAUUAACUAAGGGGAAGACAUCUGAUGCCAUUGCCAAAUUGAUGGACUUGGCACCUGAAACAGCGGCAUUGUUGGCACUAGAUGAAGUAGGAAAUGUGAUAAAUGAACAGGAAAUUGAUAGUAGGUUGAUACAAAAGAAUGACAUACUUAAAAUUAUUCCAGGGGCGAAAGUAGCUUCAGAUGGUUAUGUUACAUGGGGGCAAAGCCAUGUUAAUGAGAGUAUGAUAACAGGAGAAGCACGACCAGUCGCAAAAAGAAAGGGUGACUCGGUCAUUGGAGGUACUUUGAAUGAGAAUGGUGUCCUACAUAUCAAGGCAACUAGAGUUGGUUCAGAAAGUUCCCUUUCCCAGAUUGUACGGCUGGUUGAGUCAGCUCAGAUGGCCAAAGCUCCUGUGAUCCUACUUUCAUUCUUGACCUGGCUUUCCUGGUUUUUGGCUGGAAAAUACCACAGCUACCCUGAAUCUUGGAUACCAUCUUCCAUGGAUAGCUUUGAGCUUUCUCUUCAGUUUGGAAUUUCUGUCAUGGUUAUAGCAUGCCCUUGUGCUUUAGGCCUAGCAACUCCCACAGCUGUCAUGGUUGGAACUGGAGUAGGCGCAUUUCAAGGUGUAUUGAUCAAAGGAGGCCAAGCAUUAGAAAGUGCACAUAAGGUGAACUGCAUUGUGUUCGACAAGACGGGGACUCUAACAAUUGGAAAGCCAGUGGUUGUCAACACGCGACUUUUGAAAAAUAUGGUGCUUCAAGAAUUCUAUGAACUUGUUGCUGCAGCUGAGGUGAAUAGCGAACACCCGUUGGCUAAGGCCAUUGUUGAGUAUGCCAAAAAGUUCAGAGAAGACGAAGAGAAUCCUGCUUGGCCAGAAGCAAAACACUUUGAAUCCAUUACUGGGCAUGGGGUGAAGGCCAUUGUUAGGAACAAGGAAAUAAUUGUUGGCAACAAGAGCUUGAUAGUGGAGCACAGCAUUGCGGUUCCAAUUGAUGCAGAAGAGAUACUUGCAAAAGCGGAAGGACUCGCUCAAACUGUAAUUUUAAUAGCUAUAGAUGGAGAAGUGGCUGGAGUUCUGUCCAUAUCUGAUCCACUGAAACCAAGUGCUCGAGAAGUAAUUUCCAUACUCAAGUCUAUGAAAGUUACAAGUAUAAUGGUGACAGGUGACAACUGGGGAACUGCAAAUUCUAUCGCUAAGGAAGUUGGAAUUGAGACCAUUAUAGCAGAAGCCAAACCCGAUCAGAAAGCAGAGAAAGUGAAGGAUUUGCAGGCUUCAGGCUACACUGUGGCAAUGGUGGGAGACGGAAUCAAUGACUCACCGGCACUUGUGGCAGCAGAUGUAGGAAUGGCAAUUGGUGCAGGAACAGACAUUGCCAUUGAGGCAGCUGACAUUGUUCUAGUGAAGAGCAACUUGGAAGAUGUGAUAACUGCGAUUCACCUUUCUAGGAAAACCUUCACCCGUAUCCGUUUGAACUACAUCUGGGCUUUGGGAUAUAACGUUCUUGGCAUUCCAAUAGCUGCAGGAGCCCUAUUCCCACCUACUGGAUUUCGUUUACCACCAUGGAUUGCUGGAGCUGCAAUGGCAGCUUCUUCUGUCAGUGUUGUUUGCUGCUCUCUGCUGUUGAAGAAUUAUAAGAAGCCAAAGGUUCUGGACAACUUGGAGGUACGCGGAAUAAGUAUUGAGUGAUCAAUAAGGAGCUUUUUAAUUCUGUUGUGUGCGUGCGUGUAGGACUCGAGUUUUAGUAAUUUGGGUAGUGGUUUGGCUGAAGAAGCAAAUAUGUAUAUAUGCGUGUACAAAUGCAAUCUUCAUUAGAACAUCAGAUAUAUAUGAAUUUGCAGUGUUGUUACCUUA